AUGAAGAUAGGAGUAUAUAAUUUUAAUGGGACAAGACAACAAGUUAAAGAAUUUUUAAAGAGAGAGAUGAAUAUAAGAAUUGGAAAGAUUAAAGAGAUAGGGAUGAAUUAUAUAUGUCAAGUAGAAAAGAAAGAAAUGAAUAAAGAAGGAAAGAAAAGAAUAAUCCGAUAUAAAGAUAUGGAGGUGAGAGUUGAAGUAAUAGAAAACAAAGAAAAAAGGAUAGAAGAGAUAGGGAAAGAAAUUUUAGAGAAAUGGUAUGAUGGAAGGAAAGGAAUAAUAGACAUGUCGAGACUCAAAGAGAAAAUAGGGGAAAUAGGAAGUAAAAGAGAAGUAGAUGAAGUAUUUAUCAAAAGGAUAAUGAAAAGUAUUAGUGAUAAGAAUUCAAUGAUUAAAUAUAUAUGUCUUUCAGGGAAUAGAAUAAAAAGUAUACAAGUAAUUAAUAAUAUUAAUAAAAUAUAUCCAAUAGUUAAAGGGAUAGAUAUAUCAAAUAAUGAAAUAGAAAGAAUAGAAGAAAUUAAUAUAAGAAUAGAAGAAAUUGAUUUAAGAAAUAAUCCAAUUAAAGGAAGAAUUAUUGAAGAAGAAAUACAAAAAAUGAUACCAAAUAUAACAAUAAUUAAUGG